AAUGCGAUCAUGUUUUUUUUUUUUUUUCUAGUCCGUCGCUAUCAAUAUCCUCGAACACAAAUAUUUCAUACUCGCUCAAAUUAAUGGGGAAAUUGUCAUUUUCUCGGUCCGAAUAGCACUUUUUGUUGGAGGCUCCCACUAAAAUCAAAGUGAACAUGUGAGGAGCCCCCACACUUGCGACGUCAUCAUCUGUGACUUCCGGUAAAAGCAUGGCUUUUGUUUUAGCACCGAAAGUUGCAAACUUUAUCGUGGAUGUUCUCUACUAAAUCCUUUCAGCAAAAAUAUGGCAAUAUCGCAAAAUGAUCAAGUAUGACACAUAGAAUGGACCUGCUAUCCCCGUUUGAAUAAGAAAAUCUCAUUUUACUAGGCCUUUAAACAGUAAGCUUUCUAACAAUUAAAUAAAUAAAUUGGGAAGGUUUGUGUGAUGUUUGUCCUCAAACAAAAACAUACCAAAACAAAAAAAUAUAUUUCCCCCCACUCCCAUCUUUUUCCAUUUUCCAUCCUUUUUAAAAAAUGCUCCAGGGAGCCAGUAGGGCGGCACUAAAAAGCCGUACGCGGCUCGAGAGCUGCGGGUUGCUGACCACCGGGCUAUGGAAAGGUCACAAAUAUAUCUGACCUGAAUAUGACUUCGACACUGUGGCAAGGAUUUGUUGCAGAUGAUUAUAGCUAGAGGGACACUGAAAUUGACUGGAAAGCCUACAUGGAUGAAGUGGAAGGAGUCAUCAAUGGUACCUAUGACUACACCCAGCUUAAAGGAGACACGGGCCCCUUGGUGUAUCCAGCUGGCUUUGUGUACAUCUUCACUGCUCUGUACUACAUCACCAGCUCCGGGGCCAACAUCCGCUUGGGCCAGUAUAUUUUUGCGGUCUUCUACCUCAUCACGCUACUGUUGGUCUUCAGAGUAUACUGCCGCACCAAGAAGGUUCCUCCGUAUGUGUUCUUCUUUAUGUGUUGUGCCUCCUAUCGGAUCCACUCAAUCUUCGUGCUGCGUCUGUUCAACGAUCCAGUGGCUAUGAUGCUGUUAUUCGCCGCUGUUAACCUCUUCAUUGAUGGUCACUGGUCCCUUGGCUGUGGUCUUUACAGUUUAGCAGUGUCUGUGAAAAUGAACGUGCUCCUCUUUGCUCCUGGACUACUUUUCCUUCUGCUGUCCGAGUUUGGUCUAAUCAGGAUGAUCCCUAAACUUGCUCUCUGUGCAAACAUACAGCUCUUGUUGGGUUUGCCUUUCCUCCUGGAGAACCAUGUCGGUUACGUGAGUCAGGCUUUUGACCUGGGGCGUCAGUUUAUGUUCAAGUGGACGGUCAACUGGCGCUUCCUGCCUGAGUGGCUCUUCUUGAACCGGUACUUUCACUUCGUCUUGUUGGCAGCUCACCUGCUGACCCUGCUGCUCUUUGCUCUUCGUCGCUGGAAAAGGCAGGGCGAAAGCCCAUUUGAACUUUUCAAGGAACCUGGCAAGAGGAAAGUCCCAGCUCAGAAAACCACUGUCAAUCAGAUCGUUCUCAUUCUGUUUACCUCCAACUUCAUUGGCAUGUGCUUCAGCCGCUCGUUGCACUACCAGUUCUACGUGUGGUACUUCCACACGCUGCCCUACGUGCUAUGGAGUCGAGGAGUGAAAAAGAUGGCCCACCUCCUCAGGGUCCUGAUCUUGGGUCUUAUUGAGCUCUCGUGGAACACUUACCCCUCGACUUGCAGCAGCUCCAUAGCCCUCCACGUGUGUCACUUUGUCGUUCUGCUCUGUUUGUGGUUAGCUCCGCCCCUGCACCCAGCAGGACCAGCUGAAACGCAGGCAAAAGCACCUGUCAAGGACAAAUGCCAAUGAGACGUGGUACACUUAGGAGUGUAUUUGGGUGAAAGCUGCUGAGGCGCCAUCCACUCUCUGAACAACAGCAUAGAGAGACCGCCAAUGAGAUAGACUCUCAAGGAGCCAUUAUUGGCGUCUUAGCUUUGUGCUAAAAAGUGAAGGAAGCAAAGGUAGAGUCCAGAGACAGCUGCACACAUGAUGAAACACGCAGUUGUUGCCACUAUGAAGGGAGGAAUGGUAUCUCCGGUUUUGUCACAAUACCAAUUAGUAUUUUUAUUAUUCAAAACAAUGAAUUCCCCGUGGAGAUUUAAGUGUGCUGAAAGCAAAAUCCACGUGUAUAUUCAAGAAAACACAUCAAGUAAUGUUGGUGUCACUCCAAGGCAACACUGUUUGGUGGCACAUGACACAAUGAGGUGAUUUUCUAUUUAACACGAUGUGAUGAAACAUUGAGUAUGCAGUAAAUGUUGCAACAAUAUCCAAAUCUUGUAAUCACAACAUCAUGACUUACAAGUAUGUCAUCCAUUGUGAUAUUGAAAUGUGUCAUCUUCUAAUUUCAGUAGGUCUAUCUUUUAAAUAACUUUUAUUUACAUAACACCCUUUGUUAGAAACACAGCAGCAUAGUGAGGUUUUCUCUCAAUAUUCCACAAAGCACGCAAUAAUGCAGGCGUGGGCAAUUAAUUUGACUCGGGGGGAGCACAUUUUGAGAAAAAAUGUGUCUUAGAGCCGAUAUAUCUGAUUUUUAGUUCACAAUAAUGUCUGAUUAAAAGCUAAAAACGGUAUGACAGAUCGCCUGAAAAAACGGAAUGUAAUUUAAAUUUUUUUUUACUGAAUGAGACACCCAGAAUGUAAAUGAAAAAAAAGAAUGUGGGAUUUACAAUAUUAACUAUGAAGGAGAAAACAUUGAAUAUUGACAACGUAUGGUCGUCACCUACCCUCUCCAUCGACAUAUUUUACAAUCAAGCGAAAUGCAACAUAUAUGCAACAAAAACAGCAAAAUAUGAAUGCGAAGGGUCAAACAAAACCCCACCUACAAUCUGAUAUAUCACUAAGCUUUAGAACUUUGUUGUAAAAAUCUCCUUCCUUAUCUGUCCCUGACAGAAACGCUCCCCACCCACACUGCCUAGUGCCUCGUCUGAGCUGCUGUGACUUAAUUACCAUAGUAAAUAAUUAGAUUACCAUAGUAACGAGUAUAUCAUGCAAAAGUGCAGAUUCCAACCAUUGAAAUACUUUGUAUAGUUCAAGACUUACGGUUAUUUAAAAACAUUUGAAAAAAAUUGGGAAUGUCCAGUGGGCCAGACUGAAAAGCUUAAAAGGCUGUGUGCGGCCCCCCGGCCUUGAUUUGCCCAGGUCUGCAAUGAUGUGUAGCAUGUGAGGAAUAAGCUCAACUCCUGUUUUAAAGUUACUAAGUACGAGUAUUGUAGGCCAGCUUCUUGUGACGAUGUCAUGUCCUCCUGUGGUGAACAUGUCACAGAUCAUUAGCACAGUAAAAAAAUGUGACGUUUUAUAAUAAAUAUAAAUGCUACUUACAA